AUGAUGCCGAGUCCAGUUCUCCUGUUAUUGCUUUCACUCUCUGCUGCGCUCGCAGCGCCCCCAAUACAAUAUGAUGACUAUUCCGUGGUAAUGCCUCAGAAACGAGCAGCUUUGGUCCUGGAUAGGCUACUGGUCGCGCUGCAGAAAGCAUUGCAUGACGUCCCAAGUGCACCGGAGCCACGGUACGACAGGAUCGACCGCGACGGCCCAAGGGCCGUGCCGCUUCGUCUUGCUCCUCUGGAUUACUCUGAUACGAUGCUGAGCGACUUGCCGAAAGGGGGGUCACUGCGCCGCCGGGCCAGCCUCGACGAAGCCCCGCCCUUCAGCAGCAUUGAGGAAGACGAUGAUCUGAAUACACUGCAGCGACGCGGCGGAGAAGGGCGCGGGCGCGUCGUGAAAUGUUACUUCAACGCUAUUACGUGCUUCUAACGCACGCAGCUUAAUCUUACAAAAAGUUACUUUGCAUAAGGUCAUGUGUCGAAAAUCCACCAUUGUCUAAUGUGGCGUUACAUGCGUUUAAUUGUGCAUUUAAUAAAACUACUCGUAUUAUCAAAUACAUUGAUCACUCUUAAAAUGAAUGAGCCAUAAAUCAAUCAAUGUGUACCAAAUACAUAUCUUGUCCUUGAAACUAAAUAUCAUUGCUUUGGUAUCAUUCUUUUUGAAAACAAAGUUUAUAUCUCGUGUAAAUUCUUAUAAUGAAUUCUAAACAAUACAUGAUAUCAUAUUUAUGUGCUUUUUGGUAUUGAUAAGUAAACUACUAUGCAAUUUACAAUGUAUCUAAUGUACGCACGCACAAACUAAAGCUCAUUUUGUACCUGGUUAAAAAGAUCUGUGCCCAACGGUGUAACGUAUAACAGUUAAUAUCCGUUUACGAAAUAUGUGCAUUGUUUAAGCUGAGGUUGCGAUCAGAUUUUUCGCUGUAGCAUGCCUUGCUUAUAUUUGA